GUUAGUCAGUGAGCAGUUGACAACUUGAGGGGAAACUUAAUAUACGAUGAAUCGCACUAUAGCAACUUAAAUUGGAAAAUGGGCGACAAAUAUGUGAGAGGUCCCAUUACACGCAAGCGGAGAACCACCAUCUCCGGAGAAUCAACGGGGACAAACCCGAAACAAGCCAACGGGAGCAAGCCUGGCAGCGCGGCGGACGCAACAAACCAGAACCAGAGUCAAGUGAAAGGGGACAAGGUGCAAGACACUGUAACGCCAGCGCGUAAACAAAAAAACAACGAUGCUAUUAAAGACAGACUCAGCUGUCACAGCGUGCAGGAGUCUCUGUUCAGCUCAGACAGCGGCUUCAGUAACUACAGAGGGAUCCUCAACUGGUGCGUUAUCAUGCUGGUUUUGACCAAUGCGCGCCUUUUCUUGGAAAACCUUAUAAAAUAUGGGAUUCUAGUGGAUCCUAUCCAAGUCAUCUCGCUGUUUCUAAAGGACCCCUAUAGCUGGCCAGCUCCUUGCCUUAUCAUCUUCUCCAAUGUGUUUAUAAUGGCGGCGUUGUACACGGAGCGGAAGCUAGCGUUGGGUACUAUUUCAGAGGGUACCGGUACAUUCCUCCAUGUCAUAAAUCUCCUUGUCAUUUUGUGCUUUCCGGCAGCAACAGUACUGAGUGUGACCUCCAUGACCCCGGUGGGUGGAGUCUUGGCCUUGGGGGUGUACACCAUUCUCUUUCUGAAGCUGUAUUCCUAUAAGGAUGUGAAUCGGUGGUGUAGAGAGAUUAGACACGCCAAAGCCCGCACGCUGUCCCGCUCCCAUUCCUGUCCGUCAGUGUCCAGAGCCAACGGGAAUGCACUAUACACUCAUGUGACCUACCCAGGAAAUCUCACUCACAGAGACAUGUACUACUUUGUUUGUGCCCCAACACUGUGCUACGAACUGAACUUCCCCCGGUCUCCACGGAUACGAAAGCGCUUCCUGCUGAGGAGACUCUUUGAAAUGCUCUUCCUUGUACAGUUACUCGUUGGACUGAUACAGCAGUGGAUGGUUCCCACCAUACAGAACUCUAUGAAGCCCUUUCAGGACAUGGACUUUGGCAGAAUGGUGGAGCGUCUUCUGAAGCUUGCUGUGCCCAAUCAUUUAAUCUGGCUCAUCUUUUUCUAUUGGUUUUUCCACUCUACCAUGAACUUCAUAGCUGAGCUAAUGCAGUUCGGAGACCGGGAGUUUUACAGGGAUUGGUGGAACUCCGAGUCAGUCACGUAUUUCUGGAGCAACUGGAACAUACCAGUGCACAAAUGGUGCCAUCGGCACUUUUACAAGCCGAUGCUGAAGAGAGGGAUGAAGAAGUGGAUCGCUCAGACGGCCGUCUUCCUCGUUUCCGCCUUCUUUCACGAGUACUUAGUGAGUGUUCCUCUGAAGAUGUUUCGGCUAUGGGCCUUUAUGGGCAUGAUGGUCCAGAUCCCACUGGCCUGGUUUGUAGGUCGUUUCCUUAGGGGUUACUAUGGCAACGCUGCUGUCUGGAUCUCUCUCAUCAUUGGCCAGCCUAUUGCCGUGUUAAUGUAUGUACACGACUACUACGUCCUACAUCACGAGGGCUCGGACUCAGGGGGCGUGGCCGGGUAGACCUAACACCAGCACAGGAGCAAUACUAAAACAUCCCCAAAAACAAAAACAACAACAAAAAAAACACAAAGAACGUUGAAUGUAUUCUGUAAAGUAUAUAGAUAUAUAUGUAUUUUUUAAAAGGGAAAUAUUCAACUUUUAGAACGUUGUAGUCCAAAUUGAAAAGCAACAAUCGUAUUUUGGGUAACUGUCGCUAAGGCGACCAGCACUAUGUCAACGCUGUUUUGAUUCUGCAGAGAGAGAAAGAGAGAGAGAGAGAGAGAGAGAGAGAGUCGGACUCUCACAUAUUAUCAUGUGCAAUCAAUCAUUCUAAAACACUGCCCAGCCAAAGCAACACAGAAUAUAGAUAAAGCCUUUUUUUCACUAACGUUUCUUACUUGAAACAGAAGCACUACUAUGAUCAAUGCAAGUAUACAAAUAUGUAACUAGCUAUCAGUAUGUGUUUGUAUUUGUUUACCAGAUGUUUUGUUUUAUGUGUUUGUGAAUGCUUUCUGAUGAUUUUCUUUUUUGUUUUGUUUUGUUUUUUUUUCCUCCUUAAAAUGAUUGCACAGUGGCUUACGUCCAAAUGUAUUGUUUUACAGUUUAUAUUUUGUGAUUUAAAUGAUCUGUGAGUGUCAGUCCAUGACCUUUCUGUGAUCCACAGACGCGUUUGCACUUUUUCAAAAAAAAAAAAAAAAAAGCAAAUCGCAUGCUUUUCAGGUUACCAUGGAUACCUGUAUGGUGUUAUGACUGCCUGUAUUUGAUUUUACUUGACAAAUCGUUUUAGCUUUAAUUUCCUAACUCAUACAAUAAGGUACUAUUAUUAUUAUUAUUAUUAUUAUCAGAAAUAGAAGUUGUCGCAAAUGGAUUCUCACAAACGCAUUUUUUGUAACCAUAGAUCCCUUUAUAUAAGUUGUUGCAGCGAUUACACUGUUGCACUGCAGCUGUUUCAGUCAUCUGUCACAUCCCUGUGGCGGCUUCUCUCUCACGAUUUUGAGAGUCCACAUCGUGUGAGGGUUUUUUUUAUUUUUGUUUGGUUCUCUUACAGGACGCUGUUGGAAACGCAUGACGUGUUAUGUUUUAAGAGAGCUCAAAUCAUUCACGCUUUUCUCUCUGUCUUUAUGGCAGUGUGUGUCUGGGUGCUCUAAUUCAGUUGUUCAGUUCUCUGCGCUCUGUAACGAGUGUUAAGGAAGUUCUCCGUUUGAUAUUUCUGUGUUUUAUACUGAAUUCAGUGUUGGGAAGACUUGCUCCAUAAUCAGUGUUCAGUGAGUGCGACCAAUCCAGGGAUUAGAUCCAAAUCAAACUGCACGGUGAAUAUAGACUGUGUGUUGGUUGGAUCUGUAAAUUUAUUACAAAUAAUCUGAUUACAUUCAGAUAGUAUUUUACAUGUCACUGAGAUUACCGUCCGAUGACUAAACUUUUUCUUUUUUUGUCCUUUUUCCAGAGGAAUAAUUUGUAAUGGCGUCUUAGUAAUUGUUCAAAGGGUUGUUCUCAGCCUGAAAUAGCAGAAUGUAUUUUUCCAGAACCUUCCUGAAAAUAAGAUCAGAACACUGGUGUUGAAUCAUAAUUUUAUAGAGCUGUGUUUAGGAGGAAUCUAGUGACACACGUGGUUCUUUGAAACCUUGUCUUUCUUUUCCCUAUGUGCUGGACGGCAUUUCGUAAGUAAAAACGACAGUGCCCAGUUGUUUUUCAGUGCACAGGGAGAUUGGAUUUUGGCAGCUGACAUAAUUCAGAAA